AUGGCGAAUCCCUUCUUGAUGGACGACGACCUGGAUGGCUGCGACAUGGCCGCCAAUCCGUUUCUCAUGCAAUCGGAGCCGGAAUCUAGUACGGAUAAUCCCUUUGGAGCAGCCACUGGUGCCUCCAAUCCCUUUGCCUUCGGUGGCGAUGAUCUCGAAGCGGAGCCGGAACCGCUGGAGGCGGAGUCGGAGGCAGCCCGUGACAAUGAUCUCGAUCCGGCGAUGAGUUUCUUCGGCACCACCAUCGAGGCGGAGGACGAUGCGCUGAGCCUGAAGUCGGCCGCCGAGGAGGAGGACAUCGAGGGUGGCAAGAGGCCACCGCAACAGCAGCAGCAACAGCACGCACACCCGCCCCCGCCACGCCCCCAGGCGCCACCGCAGAGCACCCAGGAUCUGAUUAGCACGGUGUCCAGUCAACUGGAGGAGACCAGUUCGGAGCUGUUGGGUCGCAUCCCGGCCACCCGAUCGCCCAGUCCGGUGUCGAUGCGGGAUCUGCACUCGCCCAGUCCCACUCCCGACUCCGGGCUGGCCGACCUGCUGGACGUGUCGGUGGACAGCGGUUCCAGUGGAGUGGUGGAUCUAAUGGGCACUGGCGUUGGAUCUGGCGCAGGUGUUGUGCCCAUGGACAAUCCGUUUGCGGUACCCACGGCAGUGCCGAACAUACAGGCGGCAGCUCCGUUGCCCGCCACACCGGCAAAGCAGCCGCCACGCCCACCACCGCCACGUCCCGCUCCGCCACGUCCCACGCCCCCCGGGCAGGUGGCGGCGCCGCAAAGACCACCACCACCGGUGUCGGCAGUGGCUGCGGCUCCUCCAGCCGCAGAGGAUGACCUGCUGGACAUGUUCGGCACCACGGCAAGCAGGCCGCCCAAGCCACCGCCACCCAAGUCCAAGGAGGACAUACUCAGUCUCUUCGAGCAGCCACAAGCACCGCCAGCACCCAAACCGGAUCUGCUGCAUGACGAUCUGCCCGAGACGGCGAAACCGGAGGAUGGUGGACAGGAGGAGCAGCGGCAUCAGCGGGAUCAGGAGGAACGCCAUGGAGACGGAGAGGGCAGCAACUCGCGGGAUGAGCCGGUAUUUACAUCCCUGCUGAUACGACCGGACGAGAGCACCCAUGACAUAACCUCCCAACCGCAGGCGGCCACUGGAUUGGAGCGACAGACGGGGGCCAACAACCACAUGGCUGCACCGCCGGAAACGGCCAGCAGGCAGAGGGCGCCCACGCCGGACAUCGAGAUCACCACGGUGGAGGAUCUGCCCCGCUCCGAUGACGAGGAUGAGCCGGAGGUCAAGCCGGAGCCAGUGAAAGAGCCGGAGCCAGUGAAAGAGCCGGAGCCACAAAUCGAACCGGAAACGGAAACGGAACCGCAACCGGAAACCGAUCCACCCAUCUCCGAUCACAGUCCGCCAACGGAAUCGCUGGUGUCCACCGCCCAUGUCGUCCUGGCCGAGGACGAACCAGAGCCAGAGCCGGAGCCAGAGCAAAUGGACACCGGACUGGACUUCCCGGUGGCCACCAGUGGUCUGGCCAGCGGCCAGUUGUCCGCCAAUCCCUUUGCCAGUCCCGAGGAGGAGGAGCAGGAGCCCGCCUUCGCUCCCGUGGUGGUGGCCAACAUCUUUGCCGUGGACGAUCCGGAACCGGAACCGGAAACGCAACCGGAAAGGGUGGAGCCGCCCAGCUAUGCGGCCAACAUCUUUGCCGCCGAGCCGGACGAAUUCGAUGCCUUCUCGGCCAAGUUCGACUCGGUGAAGAAGGACAACAUCAGCAUCCUGGACGGCUUCGGGGGAUCCGGAGCCAUAACGCCCACGGGCGGAGAUGCUUGGGGUGACAGUGCUUUCGGAUCGUCCACGAUCUCGGCGAAUGCCUUCGGGGACACCAAUUCGGCGGCGGACGACGGAUUCGGGAACGAGGACGACGAGUUCUACGCCAUGCAGGCGCCGGCACGUUCCGAUUCCGUGGAGUCGGUGGACAAGGAGUUCAGCGUGGUCAUCCGGCCCAAGGCGGAGGGCAUUGGCGGUGUGGCUCCCCAGCUGGCGCCACCACCGCCGCCGGCACGAAUGGCACAGUCGCAGUCGCAGGCACAUUCACAGAGUGCAUCACCGCCGGCCGCCACGGUGAAUCCCUUCGAGGAUGUGAGCGGUUUUCCGGCACCUGGUCCACCGGCAACCGAUGGCACCGCCAUGAAGCGCUCGGACUCACAGGACACGCCGCAGACACCGCUGUACGAUGAGGAUGUGUCGCAGCCGCUGGAGGAGUUCCCGCGACUGCACUACAUGGGACCCGGCUGGGAGAUGCAGUUGCGUCAGCCCAACAAGAAGAAGAUCACUGGGCAGCGCUUCUGGAAGAAGAUCUUCGUGCGCCUGGUGGUGCAGAACGAUGUGCCGGUGGUGCAGCUGCUCAACCAGGCCGGCGACAAGCAGCCCUUCCAGGAGCUGCCCCUGCAGCCGUCGUACUCCGUGUCGGAGAUCGGGGCCCAGCAGUACGACCAGUUUGGCAAGAUAUUCACGAUGAAGCUGCAGUAUAUCUUCUACAAGGAGCGACCCGGCGUGCGGCCCGGUCAGGUGACCAAGGCGGAACGGAUCACCAAUAAGCUGACCAAGUUUGCACAAUAUGCCAUCGCCGGCGACUAUGAGGGCGUGAAGGAGUUCGGCAGCGACCUGAAGAAACUGGGCCUGCCCGUGGAGCAUGCGCCGCAGUCGUCGCAGCUCUUUAAGAUCGGAUCGAUGAACUACGAGGACAUGAAGCAGUUCUCCGUGUGCAUCGAGGAGGCACUGUUCAAGCUGCCAGCCCUGCGCGAGCGGGCACUCACCUACAAGAUGGAGGAGGUCCAGGUGACCGCCGUGGAUGAGAUCACUGUGGAGCAGGACUUCGAGGGCAAGAUCCUCAAGCAGAUUGCCCGGGUGCGACUAUUCUUCCUCGCCUUCCUCACCGGCAUGCCCACCAUCGAGCUGGGCGUGAACGAUAUGUGGCGGCAGGGGAAGGAGGUCGUCGGCCGGCACGACAUCAUCCCGGUGGCCACCGAGGAGUGGAUCCGGCUGGAGGCCGUCGAGUUCCACAGCGUGGUCAAUCAGCAGGAGUACGAGAGAACGCGUACCAUCAAAUUCCAACCGCCCGAUGCCAACUACAUUGAACUGCUGCGCUUCCGUGUGCGUCCGCCUAAGAAUCGCGAACUUCCGCUGCAGCUGAAGGCCACCUGGUGCGUCACCGGCAACAAGGUGGAGCUGCGGGCCGACAUCCUGGUGCCCGGGUUCACCUCCCGCAAGCUGGGCCAGAUCCCCUGCGAGGAUGUCUCGGUGCGCUUCCCCAUUCCCGAGUGCUGGAUCUACCUGUUCCGCGUGGAGAAGCACUUCAGAUAUGGUUCCGUGAAGUCGGCACAUCGGCGAACGGGCAAGAUCAAGGGCAUCGAGCGUAUCCUGGGCGCCGUGGACACGCUGCAGGAGUCACUGAUCGAGGUCACCUCCGGACAGGCCAAGUACGAGCAUCAUCAUCGGGCCAUAGUGUGGCGAUGUCCUCGUUUGCCCAAGGAGGGUCAGGGUGCCUAUACCACACAUCAGCUGGUCUGCCGCAUGGCCCUCACCUCGUACGACCAGAUCCCCAGCGAACUGGCGCCAUACGCCUUCGUGGAGUUCACUAUGCCCGCCACGCAGGUCUCGCAUACCACCGUGCGCUCCGUGAGUGUCCAGGAUUCGGAUGCCGAUGAGCCGCCGGAGAAGUACGUCCGCUACUUGGCACGGCACGAGUACAAGGUUGGCAUCGAGACCACGCACGGCGAGUCCACGAACGCGUAUCUGGCGGCAACGCGUCCCAUUCGCGAGGAACCUCCGAGCACGGCGGCCUCCAAGGUGACGGCCUCCCCGGUUCCGCCCAGCGAUUCGGACACGGACUCCAACUAAGCUGGAUUGGAAAUGGAAUUGGGAGACUCCCAAAUGAUUUGAAAGACGGCGGCUUUCUGUAGAUAUUCCUCGUGCAUGGUUUACCCAAUCGUUCUUGUUAUAUACAUAUUAUACAAUACGCAUAGAUAUAUAUCUGAACCCUAAUAUAUGCAUAUAUAUUUUCGUGUGCGUCUGCCGCAAUUUCCCCCUCUAGCUUGUGCAGCGUGUUCACCGCGUCGGGUUAGGUAAAGAUUAGUUGACAAUAAUGUUAAGUGCAGCAGCUGAAGAGCGCGAAGAUUACGUGGCAGACGAUGAUACAAGUAGAUGAGAUGAACACUGUGUAAAAAGCCAAAUGAACAAAUGAACGAAGAUCGAGACGAAUGGAUCUGAUGGAUCUGAUGGACACGUCAACGGAGGAACCGAUAGCCAACGCGUCCUAGGUAUCCUUUAUCCUGUAAACCGCAUAGCCACAGCCAUAAUCACAUGACAUUACCUAGCCUAGCAUAAAAAACCAACUUAUCUGCGUUACUUGUAGCCAUACGGUCACGUUAAAGUUAAUCGAUAUCAGACCAGAAUCGUACGUACAGUAAAACCCAUACAUAUGCAUAGGGAUAAUGGUUAUAAUCUCAAGUCAUAAAAACAAACACACACACACACGAAGCAUAUAUAUAUAUAUGUAUAUAUAUAUAUAUAUAUAUACUAUAUACUAAAACUGAUGUAAUCUGUAGUAGGCAGUAAGCGAGGGAAAUGAAAAGCAAUUUCGCCAUACAUCGUUCUACGAACCAAGGCUCAAAUUCACAUAAGGGUAACCAAUACUGAAACGAGCUGCCAGCCUUACAUAGGGUUUUCCAACACUGGGUCGAGCUGCCAGCUUUGCAUAAUGUUAACCAAACACUGGAACAAGCUGCCAGCUUUACAUAAGGUUAAUCAACAUUAGAGUGUGCGGCCAGCUUUACGUGACGUUAAUCAACCCUGGAGCGAGCUGCCAGGCUUACAUAAAGUUAACCAACACUGGCCAGACUACAUAUGUGGCAAGCGCAACUUGGUACUAUCACUAACCAUACAACAUAUAGACUGGUCAUUUCAUACGACGC